UUAUCAUUAAAAUUACAUGUGAUAAAGAGGGAUUUCCAAAGGACCCCUUUGGAAGAGGGGUUGGAAGAGGAUUGGACCCCUUGAUCCUUGCACCAGAAAGUAGAGCGCUUGCCUGGAAUCCCCCAGUGAGGGACUUCAGGUGAUGGCUGACAGCUAGAGUGACUUCCUGAAACCUUCCAAGAAGGGCUGGGGGCUUGAAUUCCUAGUAGAGCUUCUGCUUACACGCCCACAGUGAGGGGCCGGGGCUGGAGCUCCAUGGUAGACCAUCUGUGUAGGGUACAGCACUGAGGGGCUGGAGGUGUAGUGCAGAUGGAAAGCACCUGCCGAGAAUCUUCCACUGGGUGGCUGGGGACAUGGUUCAGAGUUAGGAGCCUGCCUAGAAUCCCCUAGUGAGGAGCUGGGGGUGUGACUCAGCAACUGAGCACUUGUCUAGAUUUUAGGUGGUAGGACCCGACUACAGAGUAUAUCUGCAACCAAACAAAGAAACAUACAUGGCAGCUGUGGUCACACAGGAACAAUGUCUCAGUCUACAUAUCCAGCCCCUCCCUGACGCUAAAGCCUUGACUCCUACUCCUGCCUCUCCCACUCCGGUCCCUGAGCAGUACCUGAUGUAUCACCUCCUGAGCAGUACCUGAUGCAGGGAAGGCUGUGCAGGAGGGAAGUACCUCCUCUGGGGUCUCUAGAGUCCACUUCUCUCGGCCCAGAUGUGGCAAUGGAGGGCAAGGGCCAAGGGGCCAAGGGACUUAUUACCCAAGGCAGGAUGGGCCCCGUCCAGAGGUCUACAAAAAGGAGCGUGGGACAGGAGCUCAUGGCCAGACCUGAUUUGUGUCCCGCGGAGUCCACUGCCGCAUACAGGAUGAAAAACCUCUCGCUUCUCCUCCUCCUCCUCUUCCCUGUCCCGGGGUUGCUGAACUCCGGCAGGUCACUGUGUUCCAUGGAUAAAGCCAUUGACCAGAAGAUCAAGCAAGGCUUCAGCUCCCUAUUGUCAGAAGCGGUAAUAAACAGUGGCAUCCAAUGCCGGACAGUCUCUUCCAGAGGGGACUUGGCCUCCUGCCCAGAAGGCUUAGCAGUCACCAGCUGCUCCUGUGGCUCUGCCUGUGGCUCGUGGGAUGUUCGAGAGGGAACAACGUGUCACUGCCAGUGUGCAGGCAUAGAUUGGACAGCAGCCCGUUGCUGUGCCCUGGGGGUUGGUGCCUGAGGUCUUGAGAGUUGAGCUGGUCUGUCAUGUGCUGGGGCAGAGGGAUGGGGCUGGCGAGAGGGCAGGGGGCAAGUCCAAGAUGAGGGGCUGGAAACAGAGGAUGAGGUGCUAGUGAUGUUGCUGCUGGUGGUGCUGAUAAAGGUGAUGGUAACAUGGACACGAGCCUCGUGUGGUUUCUUUAGUGGAGAAGGGGGUGUGUGGGAAUUGCUGUACCACAUAGAAACCUUUUCUCCCUAUCACUUUUCCUGUUUCUUUUUUCUUUUCCUUCCUCCUAUCCCACCUUUUCAACAGGGUCUCAUGUAAUCCAGGCUAGCCUUAAACAAUACUCGCCAUCACAGAAGAGACUGGACCUUGGCAGGAUGGGGGAUCCAUAGUUCUCAAGUCCAUUUUCCACCUCUGUGGAUGCAGGGUCAAAUACCUAUUUAUAAUCAGAGGCAUCUAGGGCACCUACCCUGCCCCUCCUCGCCCCAGGAAUCCUAGAAUAGAAAAGCCCAGGGCAGAGGAUAAUUUUUUCCUUGUAUCUUGAGCUCAGAAUAAAGUGUGGUCUGGGGGGUGCUGGUAGUAAGUGCCUACUGAGGGACAGUGAGGCGACUCAGUGGGG